UACCGCGGGCGGUUGGGUCUGGCGGGAACCUGCCCUUCACUGGCCCGCCCACAAUGACGAUCACCUACAGCUGCAUUGCUAAUGGCCGAGUGAUCCUGGCGGAUCUGGCCUGGACCGGCGGCUCCUAUCAGGAAACAGCAGCAACGGUGCUUAGACUAGUGCUUCUUAGAGCUGAACCAAAGACCACAAUUCAAAUGGGCAGCUUUGUCUAUCACAGUCUCUUCAUUGAUGGAAUCAUUUACCUAUGUGCCUCAGACAAUGCAUUGGAUAUUGUAACACCAUCUGCAUUUCUUAAAAAUGUUAGUGAUAUUUUUCUGAAAAAUCCUUUGAUGUCACAAGAACAUUUUUCUCCUUCAAAUGCCAUUGCUGCCGAUUUUCAGCAAGUAUUAGGAAAGUAUAUGAUGAAAUACAAUAAAAAUCAAAGUGACAGCUCGAUAUCCACACUGAGGAGUCAAAUAACUGAUGUAAAAAUUAUUAUGACCCAAAAUAUUGAUAAAAUAUUGGAAAGCGAAGAAAGAUUGAAUAACUUCACUGACAGAACAGAUGAUCUCCACACAACUGCCAAAGACUCCCAAGAAACAAUAAAGAUUCUUAGGAAGAUAUGGUGGCAACACCUCAAAAAGAUUAUAAUCAUCACUGUGGCAAUUCUCCUUUCAAUCAUCAUCAUUCUUUUAAGUACAAAUAUAAUACCAACCUGACCCUUUUACCCUCCAUCCCCAAUAGGUACCAAUAAAGUGUUACAUGUAAUUACUGAGCUCUGCAACCAACAAUUAUGAAAGCACUAGAGGCCGGGUACACGAAAUUCAUGC